CAGCACCUCAGUCGAGCGGAGGAGAGCGAGCUCUGGAUGCGCAGAUUAUCCCGCUACACUGAAUUUGACCUCAGCAUCACUCCAUCCGCGCUCCAUUACUCGAAAUGUGGAUUUAACGUCUUUUGUUAUCUAUUUUUUUUUAGACAAUUUGUAGAAUAAACCGGAUUCUCCUUCGGUGGAAUACAGUCUUUAUCAUAUGAGAUUGUGUACAUUAACAUGUGGCGAUAUAGAAUCAGAACCAAUAUGGAACAUGUCUGUUUUAAUCCAGAAAGUCGACUCAACGGAACAUCAUCAGUAAAGCCUAUCUAAAUAGUAGAAGCUGACCAGUUGUUCUAAUCUGAAGGCUAUUUGUUCUGUUUGGAAUUCAUCCUGGUGCCCAUAACAGGAUUUAGGAUAGCAUGUGUCAAGAACCUCAAUGGCCUCACCUUCUUCAAUCAUACAUUUGUCAUCUAAAGGAUUUUAGGUUUCUUCAAUGAUCUUCACCAUUUGCCAAAAAACAUAACUGAGGAAUUUUAUUUUGCUCAUUGCAAUCUGGUAGCAUAACCACUGGUUACCAUGCCUCCCAUUUGCCGGCCCCAUUGUAUACUAUUACUGCUCAGCACCUUCCUGAGUCUUGGUUUGGGCCUGGAGUUCACAGGCUUAGAGGGUCAGUGGGCGCGCUAUCUACGCUGGGAUGCCAGCACCAGAAGUGACCUCAGCUUUCAGUUCAAAACAGCUAUAUCAGAUGCUCUGGUUCUCUACUUUGAUGAUGGAGGAUAUUGUGACUUCCUGCUCCUGAGCAUUGAGGAAGGCAAGCUGAAGUUGCAUUUUAGCGUAGACUGUGCAGAAACCACUAUAAUCUCUGACAAGAUGGUAAACGACAGUCGCUGGCACUUUGCCACCAUCAGCAGGCACAACUUGCGAACCGUGUUGGUACUGGACGGAGAGUCGAAGGUGGAUGAAGUGAGACCGCAAAGGCAGUUCAUGAAGAUUGUCAGUGACCUGUAUCUUGGAGGAGUUCCUCAAGACAUUCGAACAUCUGCCCUAACACUAGCUUCAGCUAAGGAGAUGCCACCGUUCAAGGGGAUUAUUACAGAACUGGUUUACGGGAAUCAGGUUCCAACACGCCUAGGGAGCCAAAAGGUCUGGUUAGAGAUGGAAGGCUUGUGUACAGAGAACCCCUGUGAAAAUGGAGGAAGUUGCAGCAUGGCUGACGGUGAAGCUUACUGUGACUGCUCCAAAACAGGAUAUGUAGGUCGUUACUGCAAUGAAGCUGUCAACAAAACCCCUGGGUUCGCGCAUAUGGUGAAGUCUCCGCAAGGCAGAAAUAAAGCACGCGAGGACAACGUGGCGACAUUCCGGGGUUCGGAGUACUUCUGCUAUGACUUGUCUCAGAAUCCUAUCCAGAGUAGCAGUGAUGAGAUCACUCUGUCCUUCAAAACUUGGCAACGCAAUGGUCUCAUCCUCCACACGGGCAAGUCGGCUGACUACGUUAACCUAGCGCUGAAAGACGGUGCUGUUUCGCUGGUCAUCAACCUGGGCUCAGGAGCCUUCGAGGCUAUCGUUGAGCCUGUCAAUGGAAAGUUCAAUGACAACGCCUGGCAUGACAUCAAAGUGACACGCAACCUGAGACAGCACUCAGGCAUUGGACACGCUAUGGUGACUAUAUCGGUGGAUGGUAUAUUGACCACCACAGGAUACACUCAGGAGGACUACACUAUGCUGGGCUCAGAUGAUUUCUUCUAUGUGGGGGGAAGCCCAAGCACUGCCGACCUGCCUGGAUCUCCCGUCAGCAAUAAUUUCAUGGGCUGCCUGAAAGAGGUGGUUUACAAAAACAACGACAUACGACUGGAACUCUCUCGACUGGCCCGCAUUGCAGACCCGAAGAUGAAGCUUCAGGGAGAUGUGGUGUUUAAAUGCGAGAAUGUUCCCACCCUAGACCCUAUCUCUUUUGAGACACCAGAAUCCUUCCUCAGCCUGCCCAAGUGGAACACCAAGCGUGUGGGCUCCAUUUCCUUUGACUUUCGCACUUCAGAGCCCAACGGACUAAUCCUUUUCACUCAAGGUAAGCCCCAGGACAAGAAAGAUUCUAGAAGCCAGAGGAGCAACAGAGUGGACUUCUUCGCUGUGGAACUUUUAGAUGGAAAUUUCUAUCUUCUGUUGGACAUGGGAUCAGGAACGAUUAAAGUCAAAGCCACACAGAGUAAGGUCAGUGAUGGAGCCUGGCACCAUGUGGACAUCCAGAGAGAUGGAAGAUCAGGUAUCAUAUCUGUGAACAGCCGUCGGACUCCAUUCACAGCCAGUGGAGAGAAUGAGAUUCUAGACCUGGAAGGUGACCUCUAUCUCGGAGGUUUGCCAGACAACCGUGUUGGCCUGGUUCUUCCCACUGACCUGUGGACCGCUAUGCUGAACUAUGGCUAUGUGGGGUGCAUCCGUGAUCUCUUCAUAGAUGGACGCAGUAAAGACAUUCGCCAGAUCGCAGAGGCGCAGAAUGGAGUCGGAAUCAAGCCGUCCUGCAGCAAAAUAACAGGCAAACAUUGUGACAGCAACCCCUGCAAAAACAAUGGCAUCUGUAAAGAGGGCUGGAAUCGCUUCAUCUGUGACUGCACUGGGACCGGAUACUGGGAUCGAACCUGUGAGAGAGAGGCAUCUGUCCUAAGCUACGAUGGCAGCAUGUAUAUGAAGGUGGUGAUGCCAAUUGUAAUGCAUACAGAGGCAGAGGAUGUGUCGCUGCGGUUUAUGUCCCAGCGUGCCUUUGGCCUGUUGAUGGCUGCCACAUCACGUGAGUCCGCAGACACACUACGACUAGAGCUGGACAGCGGCCGUGUCAAACUGACCGUCAAUUUAGACUGUGGCAGGAUAAACUGUAACACCAGUAAAGGACCAGAGACAUUGUAUGCUGGCCAGAAAGUGAACGACAAUGACUGGCACGCAGUCAAAGUGAUGCGGCGUGGUAAAAACCUCAAACUCAUGGUGGAUGAUGAUGUAGCUGAAGGUCAGAUGAAUGGCGACCACACUCGUCUGGAGUUCAGUAACAUCGAGACCGGAAUCCUGACAGAACGGCGCUUUGCCUCCAUGGCUCCGUCCAACUUCAUUGGUCACCUGCAAGGCCUGAAAUUCAACGGCCUCCUCUAUAUUGACAUGUGCAAGAACGGGGACAUCGAAUUCUGCGAGCUUAAUGCUCGUUUCGGCAUGCGCUCCAUUGUGGCCGAUCCAGUUACUUUCAAGACCAAAGGAAGCUAUCUGGGUCUUGCUACACUCCAGGCUUACAGCACCAUGCAUCUUUUCUUUCAGUUCAAAACUACCUCGGGUGAUGGAUUCAUUCUUUUCAACAGUGGAGAUGGGAAUGAUUUUAUUGCAGUGGAGCUUGUCAAAGGGUAUAUUCACUAUGUGUUUGACCUGGGAAACGGACCGAGUCUUCUGAAGGGAAACAGCGACAGUCCUCUUAACGACAACCAGUGGCACAAUGUGGUGAUCACUCGAGAUGCCAGCAACACACACACGCUAAAGGUUGAUGCCAAGUCUGUCAGCCAGGUGGUCAACGGAGCGAAAAAUCUGGACCUGAAAGGUGAUCUGUUUGUAGCCGGAUUAGGACCGAACAUGUACCAGAAUCUGCCAAAGCUGGUGGUGUCUCGUGAGGGUUUCCAGGGCUGCUUAGCUUCCAUGGAUCUCAACGGCCGCCUGCCUGAUCUCAUCAAUGAUGCUCUGUUCCGCAGUGGGCAGAUCGAACGUGGAUGUGAAGUUGGUUUCACCAAAGCCGACCUGCAAGGGCCCAGCACUACAUGCCAGGAGGAUUCGUGCGCCAACAUGGGUGUAUGCAUCCAGCAGUGGGAGAACUUCACCUGCGACUGCUCCAUGACUUCUUACUCUGGCACCCAGUGCAAUGACCGUGAGUGACCCUGUUACACUUUAUUUGGCUGACUGUAAUAUCAAGUUGAUUUUUGGUGUUGCUAUGUCAUUAUGAAAAUUGAAUUGCGCGGGCUAUGCUUUGAACAAGUCUGAUUAUUGACUGCAUCUAAAAUAGUUUAUUUUAUAUAUUUUAUUUUUUUUAUAAAUUCUGUGUGCCUUAGUUUUCUUUUUCCUAGAACACAUUCAGAUUUUUUGUGCAGAUUCAAGCCACAGUAUAAAGUCCACUAUUUAUAUGAUGGGUUAAAGUUAAAAAGGGAUCUAUUGAAGUAGUUAAAGGUAAUGGUAAAGGACUGAAAUCCUGUAAUAUCUUCUGUUUUGGAUUUAGCAUGCUGCUAAUCGUUUUGAAGGUUUAGUGCUUUUUGGUGUUGUUGUGUGUAUAAGGAGCCAUUUUAUGUGUUUCAAACAAAUAUGAUACAUUAAUAUGUGUGUUGGCUUGGAACACUUGGAACAGGCAACCAGUCACUGCCUUCUAAUUUUGGGGGUCGGGUUACAGGAAUGGCUGUGAUUGGCUAAUAUAAAUAUUGCUCUCAGUAACAACAAAGGAUGCUGAAUUAGGAAAAUGUGCUUCUUUGGUAAAAGUGGUUUAGGGUGAGUGAAUGAUAGUAGAAUGACAGUGAGGAAUGUGUGGUCAAUAUCUCCAGUCAGCAGGCAAGUUAAUAACUAUGAGCAGUUGUAAUGAGGUGCAGUAAAUGUUCAAAGGUCAAAUUAGCCCAGCAGCCUCUCAAAUACGGCAAAGCAUACAUAGAAAUCCUUCUCCUCUCACUCUCUCUCUCUUUUUAUUUCUCCCUCUCUUUUUUUCUGUCUCCAUUAAUGAAGAAUAAACUGGCGUCUGUUUCUUUAAUGAUGUCUCCCAUGUUUAACCUCCGGCAGUUGUAUGCCGUUUCAUCACUCUGACAUUUCUAAUCAUAGAGGCAAAUUCAAU